AUGUGCUGGCAGCGCUCAAGACGUGGACUCCGGCCCGCAGCGCAAAGAGUACGGGAUCAAUACGGCCGUACUAGCCAAUCACGUGAGAAGCAGGCGACAGUUUGUGAGAGUCACUCUGUGCCGACCGGUGCAAAAUGGAUAGAACGGAGACACAAUCACAGCCGAGACAAGAACCAAUCACAGCCAAGUAUUGAUCGAAUGUCAGUGGUGGAUCUGAAAGGCAGGCUCACCCGACCGCCCGAGGCGUCAGCAGAAUCGGCGCAAUUGCCUCGACUGGAGCACAGUUGGACGCGGGCGGUUCGUGAAUUGGCCGCACCUGAAUUCGCACGCGCCGUGCUUCGCUUUCUGGUGCGGCCAACUGACGAACCGCUGCGGGCCAACUGUUCCGACGCAAUGAGAAGUCAGAAGAGACGAGCCCACCGACGGAUUCUUCAAGGUACAAUUGAGCGAAACGCCGUCCCUGUUGUUGGGCUUUGA